AUUCAUGUUAGCGAAGAAUACAUGGUGAUAGAAAACACACUAGUUAAUUAUAUAUUUACUCUCGAAUUAUACUCAUUCAUUCAGCGAUUCGUUCAUUCACUUAUUCCUUUUUUCACUCUCUCUCAUUCACCCAUUCAUUCAUCCAACAGCGCCUAGCUGUUUGAUAAUGUAAGGAUUCAUUUAUUCCUUAGCAGCAACGAUUCUUGCUUUAUUAUGAUGAAAUAUCCAGAGUAUUUUAUCAGAAUAUACAAAUACACGGAUUCGCUCAUAUUCUCUUUCUCUCCUUUUACUCCUUCUUUCUCUCCCACUUUCGCCAAAAUUCUUAUAUUCUAAUAAUGUUUAACAAUAUCCCAGGGAUGCUGGGCUACAAUAAUAUUAAUCACCAGAAAUAUUAACAUUGUUUCUGUAAUUGCUUUCCCCUUGUUAUUGUUGUUAUUAGUACUACCGUCAAUAUUUAUAUUUUGAUCUGGAUCGAUUAUUUAUUUCCUUACCAAUAUUAUAUCGUUUUCCCCCUUUUCGAUUUGCUCACCUAGUAAAAUCGACCAUUUUCUACCCCUCUCCCUCUCUCCCUUCCACGUUUUAUAUCAGAUAAUUGACGCCGUCUGAAGAAACUGCAGGAAGGAACACAUCUACUUUUUUUGGAGAUAUUUUGGUGAAAUACUAGGUUUUACAAAGAAGUGGUUACUUGAUAGUAGCAUCCUAAAGCACCAGCUUUUAUCGCUUCUCCCUCCAGUAACACAAAGCUGUUGUUGCAUAUUUCGAAGAAUCGGCAGGAAACGAUGCUGACUUGCUGUUGUUUCUUGUAAGUGACACACUGAGGAAUACACACCGAGAAAGAAACAAAAACAAGUCAUUCAUUCAUCUAUUUACACACAUUCUCUCCGUUUCAAAUAAUUGCGGCUAUUGAAUAAAACGAAAGAGAGAAAUAAAAGAAGAAAUUCACAGGGAAGAGAAGGAAAUAAUAAAUUUCAAUAUGAUUCUUUCUAGAAUCUCCUGAAAUCGAAGCUAAAUGUUUCAGAAUGGAAAUAUAUAGGUUUGAUCAAAAAUAUAUUAACACUCCGUGAUGGUUUCACAAGAACUUGGACUUUAAGUGUGUGGGUGGAAUUUUAAUUCGGAGACCUAGGUUUCAUCCUCGGUCGUGCCUGACAACAACAACUUGAUUACACCCAGCCUCUCGGAUUUUGAUUUCGUCUUUGAGGUCGGAAAUGCCUUCAGUUUCUGCUAGUUCUAAGGUGGUCCAAAAAGCUCUGUCUGCGGCCAAAUGCGGCGACCUGAAGGUUUUGGAAUCAUUUGGAAAAGCACAGUCCUUGCACGACAGUGUUGUGGAUGACUAUGGUGCCAGUUGUGUUCACUAUGGUGCCAGGAGUAAUAACGUCGCAGUCCUUGAAUUAUUGGUUUGCCAUCUAGGACUGAGCGCUAGCAAACGGACAUGUGUAGGAGCAACACCAUUGCAUGAUGCCGCGGCUAGUGGUUCCUUACAUACGUUAAGAUGGCUAUUAGAAGAGGCUGGGGUGCAAGUAGACGAAGAGGACGACUUUGGCUUAACUGCUGUCCAUCUGGCUGCCAAAUAUGGCCAUAGUUUUGUUCUGAAUUGGUUAUUAGAGGAGACUUGCUGUGAUAUUAUGAAACGGAGUACCAGUGGGGCACUGCCUUUACACUUUGCCGUUGUCGGUGGUUGUCUACAGGCAGUGAAACUUCUCAUUAAAGAAGCACCAAGGUCUGUGAAUAUGCAAAUGAACAAUGGCGCUACUCCUGCAUAUUUAGCAAGUCAAGAAAGGAAGCUGGACAUCCUCAAGUACAUUGUUACCGAAGCAAAAGGAUCCUUAAAGAUAACUGCUUUUGAUGGAAUGUCUUGUUUACAUGCUUCAUCACAAAUGGGACAUUUAGAUAUCAUCAAAUGGCUAGUGGAAGAAGCCAAAGCUGACCCAAACGAAAGGGAUUUUGAUGGUGCUACACCUUUACACUUUGCAGCCAGCUGUGGUCAAGCCAAAGUUGUUGAAUGGCUUUUGCAGUCAGGCGGAGCAACAAUUUCCAUGGAUAAAACUGGAGCUACUCCAUUACAUAAUGCAGCUGAAAUUGGCCAGUUGCAGUGUGUUUUAAUCCUGCUGAGGCAUAAUUGCAAUCCAAAUAUCAAAGACAGCACUGGCCAAACAGCUGCUGAUGUGGCUGACCGCUGCUGCCAACCAAGUUGUUCCAAAGCCAUCAAAGAGUAUCCUUAUAAACCAGUACAUUCUGAAAACAGCAACAAUAACAAUAACGUGCACUCAACAACUAAUAUAAACAGAAGUCUGCAUCAUCGCCAAAAUUCUCCAUUUAAACGACAUUCCUACCCUGUUGCAGACCACAUAAAACAGUCGUCGUCAAUACCACCCCCUCCACCUCCACCAGCAGCCAGUUCUUAUUGGAAGACUUCUUCAUCUCGCUCCAACCGUCACUCAACGUGUGUAAGUUUCAACUCCUCCUCGUCUCCUUCUGCAUCACCCCACAAUUCUGCUUCUCUGAGCAUUGGAGCCGGCUUGCCAGCACAUACGAUUUCAUUACCAGCUUCUGCAGUGAGAAUUUUGCCCCCACUAACAACAAACAUUAUACCGCCAACACCUCCUCCACCACCGACACCACCUGCCCCAUUCAGUUUCCCAUAUUUAGCAGAGAAAUCUGCGACAAUUCCAGGAGCUUCCAAUAGUAAUCAGCCAUCGACUUCAAGUUCAUUGAAUGCUGCUGAAGAGGACAAGCAAAAUGCAGAACAUUCUUCCACUUCUCCAGGUCAAAGAAUGAAUCCUUCACAGGUCCUUCCAUCUUCUGACUAUCGUAGCCGUCCAAUAGAAGGUUCUGAAGACUUCUAUUCCUGGUCUAGCAAAGGAGAUUGCAGUGGGCGUUCAUCUAUUGAGAAAAUCCAGAUAAAUAAAAAGUUUGCUCGCAAAAUGGAUCCUGUGCAAAUUAGUAAAAUUAACAAUAACUACACAACCUCCAUCCAAGUAGGUUCCAAGAAACUCUCAGAAGCCAAUGCUGAGAAGCUGCCAAAUCACUUUGAUAAAGAAGAGGAGGAGAUUGCUCGAAUGACUUCAGACAUGCCCAAAUACUUACACUUAAGUAACCCGAGUAGAGAAAUGGGCUGUUCUCCUUCGCCUCCACCGCCUCCACCACCACCACCACAAUCUCUUAUUGAAGAGCUGGAGAAAAGCUUUUCAUCAUCACAGGACACUGACAGCCUCUCUAUGCAAAGUGAUACUGAUGACCUACCACCGCCACCACCUCCACCACCUCCUCCUCCUCCUCCGCCGCCGCUGCCUCCACCUCCCCUCUUUCAACAUUCUUUACCAUCAUCAUCCUCUCCUAUGUCUGCUGCUUGUGAAGUAAACAGAACUGCACCGUCAUUGUCCAAAUCAAGGUCUUUGCUGGCAUUCCUCACACCACCUUCUAGUUCCAGAAAUUCACUGGGUUUCACUGUCAACGAAGCUAAAAUGAACAGUCCGAGCAGAGCAUCGAUUCCAAACGCUUCCCCUGGAAGCUCCAGUGCUGAUCUAAUUGCAGAGAUCACUGCAAAAGGAAAGUCUACUUUGAAGAGAACUCCACGACCAGAGCCUACUGUGAUGAUGUACACUGAAAAAGGCAUGGUCCCUGUAACAACUACCUCACCAUUGUCAGCUGCAGUUUCUCCUACAUAUUCAACUGCAGCACCAACGACAACAACCACUACCACAACAACAACAACAGAUAUUAGCACUUCUUCUAACAACAACAACAGUACUGUAACCAGUAUUACUACUACCACUACUACCACUCGUAGUAGUAGUAAUAUCAAGUUGAAUGACACAAGGACAAAUCCUACAACAAAUUUCUCACCAAAUGUAUCAGCAAACACAAGCCAUGUCAUUACUGCCAGCACGCCUAUUGCCACAAUCACCAACAACACCAGUGAGGCACCAACCCCAGUGCCAGCAGUUGCUCCACAGCUGCUGCCUAAAGCAAAGGAACGAUCAGAGCGAACAAUACUGGAGGGUAACUUUGAUCCUAAGAAUUUCUUAGAUCAAGUUCCUGAUAAGGAUGCUGCUGGGCGAGUCAUUCCUCCAUGGAAACGGCAUGUAUUAGCACGGCAGAUGGCAGAGAAGGCAAAAUCAGAAGAAGAAGAAAAGAAAAGACAGGCAGAAGAAGAAGCCCGUUUUAAAAAUGUUCCCGCUUGGAAACGAGCUCUUAUGCAGAAGAAAUCAGCCGAAAACAAAGCUUCUCAAAUUCAAAAGGAGACCAAAUCACAACUCUUUGCAGCACCCAAAGUAGCCUCUCGUGGUGUAGUUAAUGGAGAAGGCAACAUGAUACCUCCUUGGCAAAAUGAUUUGAAGGGAAAAUAAGCUAGAUGGUUUGUCUGUUAAAUAAUAUUCAAUAGUACCACAGAUGCUUUGGUACACCCCCAACCCCCAUUGUGUUCUUGUAUUGAUACAUGGUACCAUAGAAGCUCAGGGACAGCUUAAUUAACUAUUCACACCUGGCUAUGCUACAUAGGCUUAACAACCAUAGAUAUUAACUAAAAAUGGACAGGUAUAUGAUUUAAAUGCACAAAUUAAUGCAUUUAAUACAUUUAUUUGACGUUAUAUAUUUCAUCAGAACAUAACUCUACAUUUAUCCCAUUUUUUUGUUAUAUGGCAAAGGUUUUUUUUUAAUCUUCUGCGAACCUUAUUUUGUUCUUCUUUAUCUUGAUAUAUAAAAUUAUACAAAUUUAAUAAUCUUCAUUUGACUUAAUUGAUUUUGGAACUGCACAUUUUAGUCAAGUUUAAUUUAUAUAUCUAAACAAAAUUUUGGUGAGUUUUUUUCUUUUAAUUCAAAUGCUUUAAAGAAAAACCAACAUUGGUGAUCUCUAUACAUUUUUUUUUUUUCAAAACACAAGAAAAAAUAUUUCAACACAAUUGACAAGACAAAGAAUUUUAUUUUUUAUGAAAUUUUAAAAAAGAAAUUAUAAUUACUAACUGAAGAAAAAUACUCUGCACGACUUAUUUUAUUCUUUUCUUUUCCUGUCAAAUUAAAGAACUGAGAUGAAAGAUAUAAUUCUUCAAAUGGCUAGGUGACAUUUUGAAGAUGGAAAGUGGGAUUUGUCUGUAAAAAAAAAAAUUGAAAUACCAUUUCCUUCAUUUCAAGAUUGAUAGCAUAACUGGGCUGUUACUAAGACUUGAUUUCAUUGAAUGAAUUAUAAAGUCUUUUGGUAUUUAUGACUUUAAAAUGACAAAACAAUGGUGAAAGGAAAAUAAUACAAACAAAGGAAUUCUUAAUUUACUUUAUAAAAAUAUAAUGUAUUAACAUAAUUUUUUUAAAAAAAAGGUGAUUAAUUAAUUAUGAAAAUAUUUAUUUGUAACAAAUUAAAACAAUAAUUAUCUUUAAAUAAUUCUCCAAGAGAUAACAUUUUCAUGACUUCAGACAACAGUAUCUGGUGAUUGGAUAAGUUAUAUGAAUAGCCUGAUCGAUUCCGAUAUUAACUUAUUUCUACUAGAUCAUUUUCUAGUAUUUAUUAAACUUAUAUUUAUUAAACUUAUACUAUAUCCAGUGAUAUUUCAAAGACUUGUAUUACAAUCAACUUAUAUAAAUAUAAUUUUUUUCUUUAUAUUAUCAUUAAGGAAUUUAAAACACUUGCAAUAGUUUUUUUUUUUUUUUACCUUACAAGACAUAAUAGUCAACUGCUCUGAGAAAAAUACAAGGAUAUUGACUAGAAUAAAGUACUUGAAAUUGAAUAUUGAGCUAAAGCAAUUCAUUUAAAUUAUGUGAUAAUGCCAAAUUAAUUUGAGGAUCAUAUCCAGACUAUUGGAAUAGUUUGGUGACAUUGUUUUAGCCAGCUAGUUCCAGGAAAACAUAAAUGGGUAACAUUUUAGUGAGUUUAACUUAUGUAUUAUAUAUAUUUCUCAUUAGAGAUAUUCCAGUUCUUUUUGUUAAUUAUCAAGGAAAUAGGUAACUUCUUAAAGUUAUCUAAAACUGAAAAACAAACGACUUAGUAUGAGUGAGUAUUUGUGUGUGUGUGUGUGUGUGAGUAUCUGUGUGUGUGUGUGUAGGCAGUAGUGACUGGAGGAUAUGAAGUGCAGAAACCAUGGAAUAAUGCAAUGGAACUCCCAUUACAUAUACAUAUAUAUAUAGUGCUGAAAAGAGAGGAACAUAAUAAUUGCACUUUAUAAGACAGUCACCAUUGAUAUUACAUUAUUAAUUAAUCAAUUUAAUUUCCACUCUAUGGAAAGGUUUGUUAUAUUCACGUAAAUAUUAUAGGACUGAAUGAGAGACUGAGUGAGAGACAUGUUCAGUGUUAUGUGCGUGAGUGGUUGUAGUGUCAGCCAAAUAAACACAAUGAUAAGUACUACAGAUCCAAUUGUAAACAUGUUCUCUUUGCUACUAAUACUGUGGCUACCGAUAUAUGACUAAACCCAAGCUUACAUAAACUAUUAUGCCACCACUAGUUUCAUCUAAAUUUAUUUUAAAAAAUAUUAAUAUUUUUGAUUUUUUUGAGAGUUGUUUCUCAAUCCUUGUUGUUUUGUUAUGUUAUUAUUAUUAUUAUUAUUAACAAAUGAUUUGUUUUUGUUAUUUCUUUUAGAACGUUUCUAAUAGUCCUGCUGUAUCCCAAAAUUGAACAUAUGUUAUUACCACUGUAGCUUAAUGUUUUAUCACUCAAUAAAAGUUAUUCAAAUA